GGAGAAGUAAACAAUAGAAAGCUGAGCCCUGACCUAGAGACAAAAGCCGUCUACAAGGCAGUAGUGAUUGGGGGCACAUCCGCACUCAGUUCUAAAUUGAUACAAUUUGUCUUUGUAAAGUUAGAAUGGAUACGAAAGGCAGCAAACGCGCAACUUCAGCAGGCUACCGAUUGCCAGACCCACCUAACGUCGCUUUGAUAUCACCGUCCUCGGUCUCUGUGUGCAAACUUCCGCCGGACAGGACUCGAAACACCCGCGGCGGAGAGAGUCCUUGGGAGAACCCCGACUCUCGCGACCCAGUCAAACAGGAUCAAGUCUGGCGCGAGUUCGUGCGCGCAGAGAGGAAUGGAGUGAAAGAAUGGCAGAAGAAUUGGAGUUUUCUCAAGAACUAUGAUCAGCUGGGUAACCACAGGGCAGAGAGCCCUUUACCAAACUAUGUGCCAGUGUUUUCUGACCAUAUCCCCAACACCACCAACCAGAUGUUUGGGAGUCGUGUGUGCACACCACUGGGCAGGGAGCUGAUGAGAAUGGAUAAGCUGUUAAUUGGAAGCUAUAGCAAGUGCAAGCCGGGUCCAGAUAUGCAGCCUUGCUAGCAUCAGCAGGGAAUAAGACUCACCCAAGGAUGUCCACUAUCAAUCUCGCCUUCCAAAAGAGAGCAUAUCAGUUCCAUUUUAAAGGUGUAGCUCGUGUUCAUGUAGCUGGUGAUGGCUGAUAUGUUCCUUGAAUUGAGGUUUUACUCAUAUUCUUUGGAGGCUUGCUUUACAUUUUCAAGAAAUCUAUUUUAACUGAUAGCUGCUCAUGUGUUUGACCUGUGAAGAGUUUACACAUUGCCAAUAGAUCUAGUUGAGACUCUACUUAACUCAGAAAAUGAUGCCAUUUUUGUUACAUUUCUGUUAUAUUUCUCAAUAAAGAAGUACUGUAUAUUGU